ACAGAAAGAGUGGGAGCGAGAGAGAGAGAGAAAGAAGGAAGCCAUUUUGGUUCCUCAGUGACAUGUCCGCCUGCUUUCUGCUUUCUUCUCUCAGGUUUCUGCUCGUGGAAAGACCCUUGCAGACACAGAAAGCGGCGGGUCACUUUUUUUGAGGAAGUAAAACUUUGUGGCAGUUAUUUGAUUUUCUGAGAAUCAUCGAGAAAAGUUUGGUUUUGCGUUUCGCAGGAAAGAGCGGCAGAGGAGGGAGCGAGGCCUGUAAACCUCUGACUGAAGAAGAGCAGCAGGACUGGGAAAUAAAAGACUUGUCUUUAGGUGAUCCACUCAGAUGGUCUCCUCUCGUUAACGGUCUUUGGUUUGACUUUACGUUGAGGACACAGGAUGAGCUCUGAUCGAGUGCCGUCCAGGGCGGAGGUGACGGGGUGGAGCCCACAGCAGCUGGCAGACUACCUGAAGAGGAUGAGUCUGUCUGGCUGUGAUAAGGUGGUGCUGAAGCACUCCAUCAGCGGCUCCAGAUUUGUGAACCUGAGUGAGAACGACCUCCAGAAAUUCCCCAAACUUCAUGCUCCGAUGAUCUCUAAGAUCAGCACUGAAAUCAGCAAGAAGGAGGAGAAGAGAGGCCUGUUUGGUAAAAAACCAACGCCCAAAUAUCAUGAACCAGAUGUGGCUGCUGAUGUUCAGGGCUGGGGUGAAGACGAGUUUGAUGAUGAAGAAUUUGACGAUGACUACGAGAGUCCGUACAGUGGUGAUGAGGAGGGCAGCGGAGGAGAUUACGAGUCCCCAAACGAUGACCAGGACUGUGCCAAUGAUUAUGAGCCUCCACCCACCGAGCCUCCAGAGGACCUGGCCCUCAAGCUGUGCCCCACCCUGCCCAUUGGAGACAGUGAUUAUAUCGAUAACCAUGUGUCAUCCCGAGGCCCGCCCCCUGCUGUGUGUCCCCGCCCCCCAGCCUCCACCCUCUCUGCACCCUCUCCCCGCAUGCCGGGAGAGUCACUGUCCUCUAGAAGAGACCACUCUCCACACUGCGGGGGGAGAAAAUUUCCUCCAGGGCCACCGCAGAUCUUUCGUGAAAACAAACCAGGCAGAAGUUCAGGAUCCAACCCGUCCCCCGUCAGAGGAACUAAUCGCAACACAGUGGAAAGGGGGGGGACGCCGCCUUGGAGGCCUCAGACGGACACUCCGGAUCCUCCCAACUGGUCCAAACCUCCUGUUCUUCCUCCGUCCUCCACCUCCGUCAGCAGGAGCAACUCCGCAGCCAGACCUCCUGCCAACAGGUUUGAUCCAAGGAGGGAGCAAACACAUGAUGAAGCACUGAAACACAACACCUUCCCCCUCCACAAUAAAAGUCUACCACCCCGUCCUGGACCCCACGGGCUCCCCUCACGGCAAGCAGACAGUUUGCCUCCCAGCAUUCCCUCUGCAGGUUCUCUGCCUCACAAACUGCAAUCUGCGAUUGCUGAACAGAGAGGCAGUUUUAUAGGAUCAGACAGACCGUCGUUUCGUCCUUCUCUACCCACAACAGCACCGAAACAGGACCUGGACCCGCGCUGGUAUGUGGGUAAAGUGACCAGAGGUCAGGCAGAAGGAUGUCUGAAACAAGUCUACAAGGACGGGGCGUAUCUGGUGAGGGACAGCACCCGGCAGCUGGCCAAUCAGCCCUUCACCCUGAUGGUCUACUACCAGGACAAAGUCUACAACAUCCAGAUCAGACAGCAGAACCAGAAGUUCCUGCUGGGAACCGGACUCAAAGUCCAGGAGUCUUUCCCCUCAGUGAGUGACAUCAUCAGCCAUUACUCCCAGUCUCCUCUGCUCCUCAUCGACGCCAAGAACCGCACCUCCAGCCAACAGAACCAGUGUCUGCUCUCCGACCCAGCCGGAUACUACAUGACCAGACAUUAAACGUCCUGACCGGAUAAACCGGAGCACAGAACUAAACCAGAGAGAAACCCGACAGGCAGAAUUCAGAUGAAUGUUCACCUCAAAUGUUACAUUAGCAGGAGCGUUGAUAUGUUUGUGUUGUUCGUGUCAAGUUUUUUUUUCUGUUUUAACAAAUGACAAAUGUCAGAUUUUUGCACACGUUGCUUCAUUUGCUUAUUUUGACCAUUUACAAACUACAGUUUCAUCAUUGUGUCAGCUCUCUGUUCUUUGAGUUUGAAAGGUUGGAGACUGUGGAAAAA